CAGAGCCUGCCAGUGGCUGGAAAGCACCUUCCUUCGGUGGCUGAACGGUUUAGGACAUGGCUUUCUUCGGGUUAACAUUCCUGGGGUACCAGGAACCCUUCUGGCAGAGAAAGCUGGCGUUAGAGAAGCCUGACGCAACAGGGCCAAAGGUGCUCAAAGGGGGAUUGUUUCACCUAAAACUCCCCCCCAUCAGCCCGGGGCGCUGUGAUGACACAGUGCACCAGGGGAGCUACAACCGCUACCAAGAGGCUGUGAAGCAGAAUCAGCUCCAGAGAUCCCCCAACCAAGUCUUCAGGGUCCCAGUGACUUGUGCACAGGACUGCGGCUGGUGGCUGCCCAGAGAUCCCAUGGUCCGAGCAGAGGAGGCCACCCCCUGGAUGACAGUGCCGAGGCAUCCCCUGAUAAGGAGCCCCAUGACCAGGUUCGUGGACAGCAUGGGCCUCAGCAACCCCCAUUUCAGCCUGUUCUGAGCACCAAGUGGGCCCCACCGCCGGGUACGUCUGGCCUUCCACGGACAUGGAGCAGCCCC